AUGACGGAUGCCAAUAGAAAAUCUUCAAAGGAACUCAAAGAAAGGUAUUGGUUGAAUGAUAGGGUAGUAAAUAUAUCGGAUGAUGAUAAACUACUACCAUUUCAAGAAGAGAAUCCAACUUUCAUUAAAACGGGAAAUUUAGUAAAAUACAUGUAUUAAGCCUUUUCAGUGAACAAAUUGUGGAUGUAAUAACAUUGAGCAGCGACGAUGAAAACGAAUUCGAUGAUGACAAGCUUGAUGACCAAAGUAUGAAAGAAGCUAAAGAGAAGAUUAGUUCGGAAAAUGGUUCAAUGUUGAAUUUAUCGGAUGAAAUACUGACACUUCCAGCAAAAGAUCAUUUACAAAAGGAGAGAACUGGAGCAUCAAGCAGGUAUUUUUUCUUCAUCGUGUUCUGAUGAUUCUGCUCUGAAAAUUUUGUAGUUAUUUAUUUAACAAGGAAGAAUAUUUCAUAUUGCAAACUAUGUAAAAAAAACAUUUUUAAAUCUUACCUCUUACCUUCCUAAACAAUAUUUUUCUCGCCCCAAUUAUAUCCAAUUUUCAUUACAAACUGGAAAUUUAGUUAAAUAUAAAACAUUUUCAGUGAUAAAGUUGUGGAUGUUACAACAUUGAGCAGUGAAAGUGGCAGUGAAAGCGAAUUCGAUGAUGACGAUUUCGAUGAACAGAGUAUAAAAGAAGCUCAAAAGAAGAUUAUUUUGGCAAAUGGUUCAAGGUUCCAUUUAUCGGAUAAGAUACUGAAAUUGCGAGCAAAAGAUUUAUUGCGAAGAGAGCGAAUUGAGAAAGGAAUUCGAUCAUUGAACAGGUAAUUUUGUGAUUUUGGAUACUAAAAUUUAACACGUUUAUAAUUUUUCAUAUAAUUGAAAAUUUCAGAUCGAUGAAGGCGACGGAUGAUGCAAGUCACAGAAAGGAAGAAAAAUAUAGGAAAAGAAGUCCAAUUCGACAACAAUUUGAACAAUCAUCUUCUACUAGUUUACACACAAAACCAUUUGAAGGAAAUCGUGGAAACUCUAACAAGCGAUCUUCGAAACUUGAGCGGAUUUAUGAAAAAGUACGAGAAUUGCGUGAAAUGAAGGAAGUCUCGAAGUCUCCUCAAAAAGACAAAACACACAAAUCGGAGCCUAGUCAUAAGAGGUUAGAUAUUUUUAACUGUUUAGAUAGUUUUCAAUAUGCAUAGUUGUUCUUUGUUAGAACAAUAAUUUCAAAGUUUUCAGAUCUGAAGCAUCAAAACAAAACAAGAAAGAUUCAAAUUCAUCUUUAUCUGACAAAUCAAAGAAUCGUCGUGGAAGGUUUGAUAUUUUUACAAUUUUUUUUGACAUCAAACAUUUUUUAAAAGCAAUUUUUUUGAGACUUAUGUACACUUUCAAUUUGAUAAUUCUGGAUUUCAGAUCGAAAACUUCGAGUCGGGGAGUGGAGAAACGGUCACGUUCAUAUGAUUGCACAUCUUCAUCUGACGAAUCGGAGGAUCACCACGAGAGGUUCGAUAUUUUUCCUGAUUUUUACAUUCACAAGUUUAAAAGUUUUUCUGAAAAACUAAGUCAUUAGUUCAAUAUCUCCCAAUUUUCAGAAAAAUCAAAGCAUUAUAAUGAAAGGUUGGAUAUUUUCACUAUAUUUUUUAUUCAAAAAUUUUAAAUGCAAAUUUUUCUGAAAAUUUACAUUUUAAAAUUAAUAAAUCCCAUUUACAGAUCGGAAAAAUCGGAGCACAAAGCUGAGAAACUGUGGCGUUCAUCCAAAGAUUCAUCUUCAACUGACACAUUGAAACAUCGUCAUGAAAGGUUCGAUUGUUUUACUAUAUUUUUCAUUCAAAAAAAUUAUGAAAAAUAAUAUUUUCAACUCAAUAUCUCUUAAUUUUCAGAGCGGAAGAAUCACAUUGGAAAGCCAAAAAACGUUCAAGUUCGUCCAACCACUCAGCUGCCCCAAAAAAGCGACACUAA